GGGUUAGGGGAUGCAAAGAAGGUAGCAAAGUUGACUGAUUAUUUGGAUGUAUUCCGCUCAGAACAAAAUGGAGAGAAUUUUGGAUUUUCGUUCUACGCCGUUAAUGGAGUGGAAGAAUCGAUAUAUGCUCAUCAAAAUUGGCAAGACUUUAUUUGGACCUUGGUGAAGAAACAGUUCCCUACUAAUAAUGGAUCCAUUAUAACAUUCAGGGACUUUCUUGACAAAACCCAAUACACCGAUACCGGUAUCUAUGCAUACGAGUGGAUCUUCGGAAAAGAUUUCAUAUCUCCUGGUGAGUUCAUUUCUGCUAUUUUAAAUCAUAACCAUUCAAAUCUAGUUAUUAGGAAGUUCUAA